CUCAGUAAUAGCAAGCACCAUCAAUACCUUUAAUUGCCUUUAAGUACUACCAAGCCUUUCACCUUCAUUCCAUCAGAACAGCUUACUCAUAACAAUUGCUUAUUGCUGCUUCUGUAUUUUUGUUUCAGAAACGAGGAAGAAAUGUCUCGAAAUGUUACUGAUCAUCAUUCAAUCAUGGAUGAAAAUAGGGAAAAUAAGAGAAUGAAACAGGAGGGAAGUGAGAGAAAGAAGAUCAAGGGUACUGUAGUUUUAAUGAAGAAGAACAUUUUGGAGUUGCAGGACAUCAAAGCUUCGAUUGUUGAUGGGGUUGAUGAGAUACUUGGCCAUAAGGUCUCUCUCCAGCUUAUCAGUGCUGUUCAUGGUGACCCAGCCAAAGGGUUCCGAGGGAAACUUGGAAAACCGGCUUACCUUGAAGAUUGGAUAACUAAAGUCACCCCUCCAACAGUAGGCAAUUCAACAUUCAAUGUUACAUUUGAUUGGGAUGAGGAGAUUGGAGCUCCGGGGGCUUUCCUAAUUAAAAAUUUUCACCACAAUGAAUUCUACCUAAAGACCCUAACUCUUGAAGAUGUAAGUACUCAUGGUGAGAUCCACUUUGUCUGCAAUUCUUGGGUUGGGCCAGCAGAACAUUACAAGAAAGACCGUGUUUUCUUCACUAAUCAGACAUACCUUCCAAGCCAAACACCAGCGCCACUACAACACUACAGAAAAGAAGAACUUGAGAACCUGAGAGGAAAUGGAACUGGAAAGCUUGCGGAAUGGGACCGUGUUUAUGACUACGAUAUCUACAACGAUUUGGGCAAUCCAGAUAAGGGCCUGAAACACGUCCGUAAGAUUCUUGGAGGGUCUACUGAGUACCCUUAUCCUCGAAGGGGAAGAACAGGCAGACCACCAGCAAAUUCAGAUCCCAAAAGUGAAAGCAGGUUGCCACUAUAUGCAAGCUUAAAUAUUUAUGUCCCUAGAGAUGAAAGAUUCAGUUACUUGAAGAUGGCAGAUUUUACCGCUUAUGCACUCAAAUCGAUAUUUCAAUUCCUUGCGCCCGAGUUUGAGGCUUUAUUUGAUAGAACCCCCAAUGAAUUCGACACACUUGAAGAUGUACUAAAACUGUACCAAGGAGGAAUCAAGCUAUCCAGUGAUUCUUUACUCAACACUAUUACAGAACACAUCCCCUUCGAAAUGCUCAAGGAACUGCUUCGAUCAGAUGGUGAGCGGCCAUUCAAAUUCCCAUUUCCACAAGUAAUCAAAGAAGAUAAGUCAGCAUGGAGGACAGAUGAAGAAUUUGCAAGAGAAAUGCUGGCUGGAGUGAACCCUGUCGUUAUCCAGCGUCUCCAGGAGUUCCCUCCAACAAGCAAGUUAGACCCCAAGCUACAUGGCAACCAAACCAGUUCAAUUACUGAAGAACACAUAAAGAAUAGCCUAGAGGGGUUGACCAUAGAUGAGGCAAUCCAGAAGAACAGGAUAUUCAUAUUAAAUCAUCAUGACACACUUAUGCCAUAUCUGAGCCGGAUAAACUCAACUUCCACAAAGACUUACGCAACAAGGACGCUCCUUUUCUUGAAAAAAGAUGGGACAUUAAAGCCAUUGGCAAUUGAAUUGAGCUUGCCGCAUCCAGAUGGGGAUCAAUGUGGAGCUGUUAGCAGAGUGUACACACCAGCAGAACAUGGCACUGAAAGUACCAUUUGGCAGUUGGCUAAAGCUUAUGUCGCCGUUAAUGACUCUGGCUAUCAUCAACUGAAUUGUCACUGGUUGAAUACUCAUGCAGUGAUUGAGCCAUUUGUGAUUGCAACAAACAGGCAGCUCAGCAUCCUUCAUCCAAUUUACAAGCUUUUGCAUCCUCACUUCCGUGACACCAUGAACAUAAAUGCACUGGCUCGGCAAACUCUUAUAAAUGCUGGCGGAAUGCUUGAGAAAACAGUUUUUCCUGGGAAGUUUGCAAUGGAAAUGUCAGCUGUCGUUUAUAAGGAUUGGGUUUUCACUGAGCAAGCUCUCCCCGCAGAUCUCGUAAAGAGAGGAAUGGCAGUUGAGGACCCCAACUCUCCACAUGGCCUCCGCCUGCUAAUAGAGGACUACCCAUACGCUGUUGAUGGGCUUGAAAUAUGGUCAGCGAUCCAAACAUGGGUGAAAGACUAUUGUUCAGUCUACUAUAAGACUGAUGACAUGAUUCAGAAAGACUAUGAACUCCAGUCCUGGUGGGAAGAACUUAGGCACAAGGGUCAUGGUGACAAGAAAGAAGAGUCUUGGUGGCCUAAGAUGCACACACGUAAAGAACUAACAGACACAUGCACAAUUAUCAUCUGGGUGGCUUCUGCUCUUCAUGCGGCAGUGAAUUUUGGACAAUAUCCUUAUGGAGGCUACCUCCCAAAUCGCCCAUCCAUAAGCCGUCGGUUCAUGCCUGAACCUGGCACGCCUGAGUAUGAUGAGCUUGAAUCAAACCCUGAGAAGGCUUUCUUGAAAACGAUUACUGCCCAGCUGCAGAGCAUUGUUGGCAUUUCCCUCAUAGAGAUACUGUCUAGGCACUCUUCGGAUGAAGUUUUUCUUGGGCGCAGAGACACUCCUAAAUGGACAACAGAUACAGAACCACUGGAAGCUUUUGAAAGAUUUGGGAAGAAUUUGGCAUUGAUUGAGGAUAGAAUUACCAAAAUGAACAAUGAUGAGUAUUGGAGGAACAGGGUUGGGCCAGCGAAGAUGCCAUACACUUUACUCUAUCCUAGCAGCGAGAUAGGACUUACAGGCAAGGGAAUUCCAAACAGUGUCUCCAUCUAAAGCUUUUCCGGUUAGAAGUUAUUACAGUUUCCGAGAAUUAAAUUUUGUAUAAAUCCUAUUGAUUCUUACUGAGAAUAAGGUUCUUUUUUGUGGGUUUUAGUAAGCCCUUUUAUAAGCCUAAAAUAAGUUCCACAUGUACUCAUGGUUCAAAGCCGCGAUCUCGGUCGACUCAUAUCGGUACCAUCUGAUACUUUGAACCAUACAUGUACUUGCACCUUAAUAUAUGUUAUGUUGCAUGAGAUUUUUUCCCCUUUUGGCUAA